AUGAAUUGCGAUGAGAAUAUGGAGUCCAAUGUUUAUUUUCACAUACAAGAUGAGGCAGAAAGGCUGCUUAAAGAGAUUGAACUGAUGAAGAAGAAUGUCGAGAACUCUGAAUUGUAUGCUGGAAUGCGCUUCGAUCUCGAACACAAUGAAACUUUUCAACAAUGUUUGUUUCGCCUUUUAGGUUCCCAUUCACAUGUUCAGGUGGUAAUCUAUGCUUUGGGAAGCAUGGAAUAUAGUUUCCAUUCACAGUUUCAGCUUGCCGUAGUUCUCCUACUUAAACAAGAUAUUUCCAAUUGGAUUGGCAAUAUACAAGUAUAUGAUCCUUUAAUGUCUCCAGCUGACAUGCUAGUUUUCAGAAAACUGGAUGUUGAGAUGUUGACCAUUGAUGAAAAUUGUAAGAGGCAAGUUCGGAGACCAACAAUGUUCUACAUGCCACUUCCUAGUUAUUGGCUUAUCGGCAACCUAUUGGGAGCAAAUUGGUCUUCGUCUUGUAUUAACCAGAUUUUUCUAUUGACAAACUCAUUUCGCUAUUUGCUGACCAAUAUUUCAUCAUGUAAUCAGAAUGGAGAAACAUCACAUCGCGUAGAGAGAAUUCUCCCCUUCACAACAGAGUUUGACAUAAAAACUAGUCAUGAGGAGAUCUAUACUAAUGUGUUCUCAAGAUUUUCUUGGCGUUUCUUUGAUGUCGGUCCCAACGUUAACAUGGAAACAUCACUCCCUGAUCGACAUUGGUUGGAUUGGCAAAGGUAUCUUGAAGAAGUAUUUUUGGAAAUUAUGCAAAGCGACAUGUCUAGUGAGGGAUUUGCGCAAUUUCUUGGGGAAAAUCGCGGGCCUCGUCAUUUAAGAUGCAACUCGGUUCCUCCUCCUUUAGGUUGGAUUAAGCUAAACAUUUAUGGGAUCGGUACAGAAGGUGAUCAGCCAGGACGAUUUAGUGGCGUUUUUCAAGAUGAUACUGGAAUUUGUUUAGGUAAGUAUAGUGGUACCAUUGAUGCUAAUGACAAUGUGAUUGCUGGACUGGAGGCCUUGAGGAAUGGAUUAGUCAGAUGUGUUGAAGGAAAGCCGAAGGCACAGAAGUUGAUGGUGGAGUCCGAUAACGUUAUACUAAUCCAAUAUCUUAAUGGUCAACCUGAGCCAAAUGAACUAACCAUGUGCAGGUUGAAAGAAAUUUUUGCCUUUCUAAAACAUAUAACUUGUGCAUUUUAUCACGUGUAUGAAGAAGCCAAUGAAGCUGCUAGAGACUUGGCUUUGAGAGAUGAAUGUCAUAAUCGCGCAUAG